GUGGCCACGUGAGGGCGCUCUCAUUGCAAAAUAGCGCCGGUACUAUGCAAAACCUGCAGAGUGCAAUAUCAUUUUUUUUAAUCUGCAAAAAUGGAAGAUUUGGCCAGUAAAUUCGAGUCAGACAUCAUUACGAAAGGCAGGGAGCCUGUCAUUAAAGAGGACUGCAUCUUCUGUAAAAUAUCGAGGGGCGAAGCAACCAGCAAUGUGUUGUUUAAGAACAGUGAAGUGACGGUUUUCUAUGACAUCCGGCCAGCGGCCAAGGAGCAUCUUCUGAUCAUUCCAAACUGUCACCAUGGCAACCCCAAGACGCUGACCAAAGCUGACAUCCCAAUGGUUGAGUACCUCCAUGCCGUUGGUAAAGGAGUCUUGGAGCAGAAAGGAGGAAGCCUAGAUGAUGCGAGAGUUGGUUUUCAUUGGCCUCCGUUUAACACUGUCGAACACCUACACCUUCACAUGGUGUAUCCGGCCAGCGGCAUGAAAUUCUUCAGUAGUAUGGUCUACAGAAACAACUCACCGUGGUUUGCAACAUAUGACUGGGUUCUGCAAAGGCUGAAGAACCUCCCGGACAACACACCAGAGGAAACAAAGCAAAGUGCAACUCAAGAUGAGAAAGAUGCGGGGGAGAGCUCAUCAGACAAGGGAACAGAAAUAUAAACUACAUGUCACUGUAAUUGUCACUGCAAGUGUCACUGUAAGUGUCACUGUAAUUGUCACUGUAAGUGUCAUUGUAAUUGUCACUGGUCAUUUUCAAGGGUGGAUCCAGAGAGGUUAUUGCCGGAGUGCUGAGGCUGUGCCGGGGAGGGGGGGGGGGGUGGAUGGGGGAGGGCUCUCACAAGUGGAUAAAGGCAUUAUUUGAAAAAAAGUUUGUCACUGCCGGGGGUGGGUGUCCCCUGGAUCCGUCAGUCAUUGUCAUUCGUGUGCUCAUGUCAUUGUAGUGUAUGUCACUGUUGAGUGUUGACAUCAAAUUGCAGAUUAUGUCGGUGAUCAGUUGUGAGAAAAUCAAUGUGGCUUAAAUGUCCAAAUGUGCACAUGUUUCAUCGCAUAAGCAUUGUGGCUAGCAAUAUUUUCUUACUCAAUGUGUAGUUAUUCUGUUACUCCUGAAUUUCCAGAAUUGAGAGUAAAGCACGUCACAUCUGUUCUUUUCCUUGUUAAUAAGCCAUUCAUGUUAUUAUUUAUUAUUAUUAUUAUUAU